AUGAUUAUAAUGGUGACUAUUAAUUUUCAGUUAAUUUUUUAUAUAAAUUUGAGCUUAAAAUUAUUGGAAAAAUUAAGGUAAAGCAGAAUAUUUAUGAUUUUUACAUAUUCAACAACAUAGGAAACUGCUUAUUUUACAUAGAACUUAGAGGGCAGCGGUCAGAAAACAAAAGAGAAAACAAGCAAAAGCUUAUGUUUGGGCUUAUCUACACCCUGAAGUCUUUUUGCCGCAAGUUUUCACCAGAGCCGAUAUCUGUGAGCCCAUUUACAAGCUAUGUGACUGAUUCUUAUAAGCUUCAUAUACUAGAAACCCAUAGCGGCCUGAAUUUUAUUAUGAUUACUGAUACAAAUGCUCCUGACCAAACCAGCUGUUUAAGCUAUAUUUACUCAAACUUAUUUUCCCCAUUUGUCUUGAGGAAUCCAUUUUACGAGCCGAAAAAGCCUAUUUCUUCAGCAGUUUUCAGACAAAAACUAUUAGAGCAUUUCGAUACCUUAGACAGCUCAAGAAAAGCAUAA